UAAAACCCUCAAAAAACGACAGCGAGAGAGUGCUAAAGCAAAAACAAAGGCAGCGACUCCAAUGAAACUCGCGGGGCUGAAAUCGAUUGAGAACGCCCACGACGAGUCCGUCUGGGCGGCGACGUGGGUCCCGGCGACGGAGGCCCGAUCGGCCCUCUUACUGACGGGAUCCCUCGACGAGACCGUCAAGAUAUGGAAGCCCGACGACCUCAUCCUCCAGCGCACCAACUCCGGCCACUGCCUCGGCGUCGUCUCCGUCGCCGCCCACCCCUCCGGCCACUUCGCCGCCUCCGCCUCCCUCGACAGCUUCGUCAGGGUCUUCGACGUCGACACCAACAACACCAUCGCCACCCUUGAGGCACCUCCCUCCGAGGUCUGGCAAAUGCGCUUCGAUCCCAAGGGUACUAUCCUAGCGGUUGCCGGCGGGGGUAGUGCAUCAGUCAAGCUUUGGGAUACUGCCACAUGGAACUUGGUUGCCACCCUGUCGAUUCCUCGUCCGGAAGCGCCGAAGCCCUCUGAUAAGAACAGCAGCAAGAAGUUUGUUCUGUCGGUUGCUUGGAGUCCUGAUGGGAAAAGACUUGCUUGUGGCUCAAUGGACGGAACCAUUUCAGUCUUUGAUGUAGGCCGUGGCAAGUUUCUUCACCACUUAGAAGGGCAUUUCAUGCCUGUGCGGACACUCGCGUACUCUCCUACUGAUCCACGGCUACUCUUUUCGGCCUCAGACGACGCCCAUGUUUACAUGUACGAUGCUGAGGGGAAAACACUUAUUGGGGCCAUGUCAGGCCACGCUAGCUGGGUGCUGAGCUUGGAUGUUAGCCCUGAUGGGGCUGCUAUUGCGACAGGCUCAAGUGACAGAACAGUGCGGCUUUGGGAUAUCGGCAUGAGGGCUGCCGUGCAAACAAUGAGCAACCACACCGACCAAGUUUGGGGAGUGGCGUUUGGUCCAGCAGGAGGACCUGGUCGACUAGCUAGUGUGUCGGAUGACAAGGGCAUAUCCCUCUACGACUACUCUUAAAUUCUUAAUGAAAGUGGCUCCAUGAAACUGACCACCCCGGAAGAUCUGUGAUUCUUGAGUUGCUGCUGCUUCUGGUGUUGCUAAAUUAUUUCUCAAAGAAAAUGUUGCCACAUAUUUCUUUCGUCUUCUGAUAUUACUACGUUCUUGUAAUUUAUUUUUA